AUGAGCUCUUGGUCUCAGGCUAAUUGCUGCCUGCCUGGUGUCAUAGCUGCCUUCCUUCAGCUCUACAGAGGAACCAAGUACAGGCAUUUUCCUGACUGGUUGGAUCGCUGGAUGCUGUGCAGGAAACAGCUGGGACUGGUGGCACUAUGCUUUGCUUUUCUACAUGUGCUUUAUACUCUCAUCAUUCCCAUAAGAUAUUAUGUGAGAUUCAAGCUCGCUGCAAGUACCAUCUCAGCGAUCAGGGAAAACACAACGUCGGUGUUUGACACCACCAAGGCCUGGUGUGUCGACUCUUACUACUCUAUGGGGAUUCUGGGAUUUGGCCUGUAUCUCCUGUUGGGAAUAUCCUCUCUCCCCUCCGUCAGCAAUGCUCUCAGCUGGAGAGAGUUCAGCUUCAUACAGUCAAAGCUGGGAUACCUGACAGUGUUCUUCUGUACCUUUCACACCUACUUGUAUGGUUGGAACAAGUUCCUUAAACCCUCUUCCUACAAAUGGUACGCUCCUCCCGCCUACCUGCUCUGUCUGGUGGUGCCUUCUUUGUUGAUUGUGCUCAAGCUGCUGCUCCUCCUGCCAUGCGUGGACCGCAGCCUCAUCCGCAUUCGACAGGGCUGGGAGAGGAGCGAUCCAGAGGACGGCAGUGCCAAAGCACUGCUAACAUAG